AUGUCGCAGGAACACGAACCAAGAUCCACUUUGGCGCAGACUUCAGAGGACAUCAUCAGAGGCGACAUUUCUCCCCGCCCAUCCAUGAGCAGCCUCUCCUUCGAAGCAUGUUUCCCUGCACCGGAGGCUUCCAUAGAAUCAUUUUUCUCUGCACUGCAGGUUUCUGUAGGCCAACCAUUCCCCCGCGGGUACAUUCCAUUGCUCGAUGCAGCGCUGAGAGGCGACUGGAAAGAAGGAAUCGAAUUUAUAUCUCACAAUCCAUCAGCAGAAAUUGCCAGGAUCACGAGGAAAAUGGAGACUGCUCUCCAUAUCGCGGCAGGCGCGGGACACAGGGAAUUCAUUGAGGAGCUGGUGACAAUGAUGACGCCUGACGACUUGGCAAUGCAGAACAAGGAUGGGAACACCGCCCUCUGCUUUGCUGCUGCAUCCGGAGUUAGAGAGAUUGCCAAGGCGAUGGUCGAUAAGAAUCCACAGCUUCCACUGAUUAAAGGCAGCAACGAGGCAACGCCCUUGUACAUUGCAGCCCUGUUAGGGAAACAAGACAUGGUGAGGUAUCUAUUGUCAGUCACGGAUGACACAUGUUUAACUGAGUCGGAUCUCAUGGACAUCCUUGUCGCCACCAUCAGUUCCAAUCUCUUUGAUGUGGCUUUGCAACUGAUUGGUCGACAUCCCAAGUUAGCUUUGGCUCGGAUGGGAAACGGAGAGACGGCUCUCCAUGUGCUAGCGCGGAUGCCGUCAGCAUUCUCGUGUAGGAGUCAGCUAGCGAUUCAGCUGAGGUGCUUCUUUUCAUUUGCAGGUACGCAGGAAAUGCUUGAUCCGAAACGGGCGCUUAUGCCGGCAGUUAAGCUGUUGGAGCUUAUAUGGAGAGAGGUUUCUUUGCUCGAUGAUGGAGGCAUCGGAAAACUUCUCAGGGAACCAUCGCGGCUGUUGUUUACUGCUGCAGAGUUAGGAAACUAUGGCUUCUUAACUGUGCUGAUCCGUCUCCAUCCUGAACUUCUGUGGAAAGUCGAUGAUCAGAAGCGAAGCAUAUUUCAUGUUGCAGUUGCACAUCGUCACGAGAAGAUCUUUAGACUAAUUUAUGACAUUGGUGCUCAUAAAGACAUGAUUGCAGCUUACAAAGACGAAAAUGACAAUAACAUGUUGCAUUUGGCUGGAAACCUGGCUCCUUCGAGUCGACUCAAAAUUGACUCUGGGGCAGCUCUACAAAUGCGGCGAGAGCUACUGUGGUUCAAGGAGGUAGAAAAGAUUGUCCAGCCUUCUUAUCGAGAAAUGAAAAAUUCCGAGGGGAAAACUCCGUUUCUUCUUUUCACUGAGAAGCACAAGGAGCUCAGACAAGAAGCAGAAAAAUGGAUGAGGGACACUGCAUCUUCAUGCAUGGUCGUUGCGACACUCAUUGCCACCGUGAUGUUUGCUGCUACCUUUACUGUUCCAGGCGGCAAUAAUAAUGACACGGGGAAGCCCAUAUUCCUACAUCACAGGUCAUUUAUUAUUUUUGCCUUAGCAACUGCAUUGGCUAUCUUUUCCUCUGCGACAUCAAUCUUGAUGUUCCUUUCCAUUUUGACGUCACGCUAUUUGGAGGAAGAUUUUCUGCAUUCGUUGCCAAACAGGCUGGUGUUAGGACUUGGAAGCCUCUUUGUCUCCAUAGCUACCAUGAUGGUGGCCUUUGGGGCCACCCUUAUUAUCCUCCUUGGUCACAGUUACGCUCUAAUCACUGUUCCAAUUGCUGCUUUUGUUUCUGGGACAGUGACCUUGUUUGCUUUGCUACAAUUCCCCCUUUUGUCUGAUAUGAUCAGACACAUGUGCAGCAAGGGUUUACUCUCUCAUCCAGAAGACCGCCCGUUGUUCUGA